UUUACAGUUGGCAGCCUGUUUAUUACACUAGAUUUGACAGAUCUGUGUGCGCUACCACCGGCUACUCAAAAGACAAAACACAACACAAGCUUUAACUUCAAAGAUGGCGAAAAUAUCCAAGGAGGAAUUGAAAAAGGAGAUUACCGCUAUCCUCGAGGAUGCGGAUCUAAAGUCAAUCACUUCGAAGAAGAUGCGCCAGCAGCUAGAAGAAAAACUGGACUGUGAUCUUACAAGCAGAAAAAAAGAAGUAGAUGAACUAGUAAUACAAUGUGUAAACAACAAGAAGGGUGGAUCGAAGAAGAAUGGAAAGGGGGAUGACGAUGAUGAUGAUGAAGAUGACGAAGGAGGAGACGACAAAGAAGAGGAGGAAGAGGCAGAUGAAGAGGAGGAUGAUGAUGAUGAAGAAGAAGAAAAGCCAAAAAGAGCAGCAAAGAAACCAACUCCACAGAAGCGCAAGAAGGAAUCCAGUGAUGAGAGUGGCUCGGAUGAUAAGGAUGACAGUGAAGAAGAAGAAGAGUACAGCCCAGCAAAGAAAGCGAAGGGUGGCAAAGCGAAGGGCAAGGCCGGUGGCAAGCGUAAGAAGAAGGGUAGCGACUCUGACUCCGAUGAUGACUGGGGCAAGGGCAAGAAGAAGUCCGGCGGAGCCAAGAAAGCCGGUGGGGCUAAAAGAGGUGGUGGUGGCUACACGAAGGUGUGCAAGCUGACCCCGGAGCUGGCGGCAGUGGUUGGCCAAGACUCGAUGGCGCGUCACGAGGUGGUCAAGAAGAUCUGGGCCAUCAUCAAGGAGAAGAAUCUAUACGACCCCAAGAAUAAGCAGUUCGCCAUCUGCAAUAACGAGUUGCUGAAGGUUUUCGGGGUCAAACGUUUCCGUACCUUUGGCAUGAUGAAACUAUUGAAGGAUCACUUUAUUGCUGACUAAAUGAAGUAAAAUGAGUGACGUGCAACGUUUUUAAUGAAUGACCGUUUUUGAUUGGAUAAAUGAAAAUUAGCAUUUUACACUACUUUGUCCUAUACUUAGAGUAUUAUUAGUUCCAAUUUCAAUCAGUAACAAACAUGACACUCGACUUAUACUCAUAACAUUUUUUCACCUUUUUUGGGUUGGGGCUUUCAAGCAAAUGAUUAGCAAUAUUGUUGUUUAGUUAGAAUUAAAUUAUUAUUCUAAUCUCUUUAGUGCUACUAUUGUCUGAUAAUUUAGAACUUCACUUGGUUAAUCGAAUACCUCAAUUCCAGGUUAUUGUGACAUGUUUCAAACUAUUCUCACAAAUAGCAUUUCUCCAAUGAAAUGUACUCCUAGAUUAUAUUUUCUAAUGUCUAAUAUGUUUCAAUAAUGUUAUUACAGUACCUUGGAAAAGGUCAAGACAAAGUAUUUUGAGUCUUUAAUCGAGAUUGUACUUUAUAAACAAAAGUCUAGUGCCCAAGCUUUAAUAUUGAUGACUCUUUUCAUUGAACGAUUACCAAUUUUCAUCCUUUCUGGCUCUUCUGGAAUUGGAUCCGAUUGGAUUGUAAUUGUAAAGAUCUAGUUGAAGGUAUAUAUGUUCCUUGAGAUUUGAUUUUCUUUUCAACUUGUCUGGGAGGAGGGGAUGUGUGUGUAUUGUGCAAUAGAAUUAGUGGAUCAAUUUCAAUUUAUCUCGAUGUGAAUUAGAAUAUUUAGUUCCCUUCUCCAUCAUUGAUAGUUUAAUACGAUAUAUUUAAUAUUAAAAUAUGGAUCUCUAUGUGAAAAAGCCAAGUCUCAGAUUGAUUCUUAUUAAUUCUCAGAAUUAAUAUCUAUAUUUUGAGUUGACUUCUAAGAGUGAAUUAUUGGUGAUGUUGAAUAACGUCUUCUCUUAUUAGAAAGAUUUAUAGAAUGUGUGAUCGAUCAGUCCUUUCGAUGAUAGAUAAUUGUUUCUAUUGCUGCUAAUUAGGUUGGUUUCAUUUAUUAAAUAUUGUAUGUCUGUGUGUGUAAGUUUUAGUGUGAAGGAGUGUGAGAGUAUUUUUAUAUUUUAGAUUUGACAUCAUUGUUUGAUGAAAGUAAAUACAUUUUUCAAAGUAUUAUUUUAUAUAUAUAUAUUGUUACCUCAUUAUUUUUAAUGGGAUUUCAAUUGUGUUUUACUUUUUGAGGAGCUAUGUACAAUCUGAACUUAUUUUUAUUGUUUUAGUCAUUUUCUGUAUUCAACGUGCACAUUUUCGGCCGACUCUGUCACAGUAGCUCGGUGAAGGUGUCUGGACUUUAUGUUUGAGUAUUUUUUUUUUUUUAGAAGUGAAUAAAUGUAUUGCAGAUGUAUUAAAUCUUUAUUAAAAAAAUAUAAUGAAAUUUUGUAA